AUGCUUCAAUGUACUGUUAGAUUUUGUUGCACGAUCUCCUUUUUGACAUUAAAAGAGGUGAAACGGUUGAGUCAAGGGUUGAACGCUUGUGCAAUUUAUCCAACAUUUGACUUGAUGCUGAUACUGGCAUUUGUGCAUGACGCUUUCGGAUGCUUGAGAGCGAGAACAACGAGCAGAUUCAAUCCCAAGUGCCUUAUUAUUUAA